AUGGCGACGGAGGAGGACAUCGACACUCUCAAACUGUAUUGGGAUCACUUCUUCAAAGCGGAGACUGGUACUUAUGAGAAAUCGACAUGGCUGGACUUGUUUCUAGCCGAGUUUCUGAUCCGGGUCAACGAUGGUGCCAACCCCAAGGAGCUGAUCAAGUUCUGUCCUGUGAGCGGGGUGGUGACGCUGGUGGGGUGCGAGCUGCUGUGUGGCAUCCAUCGCGUGACGUCAUCCAUCAACACACACUACUCCGUGCCACUGCCCAUCCUCGACACAUCCACGCCCGCACCCGCACUCACUGCCGAUGAUGUCCAGUCACAUAAUGAAGGAAGCAGUGAUAAUGCCAGCACAGAACAAAAGCCGGACGAGCAGAAGGCAGGUCUGACCAGUUUGUUCACACGCACCAACACGCAGUCUUCCGAACAGAUACUGAGGAAGUACCUGCUGGGGGGCGUGGCCUGGAGGUGCCUCGUGCUGCUCAAAGCAUUAGGAGUUGAGGGUCUGUCGUGUUGCCGCCAGCUGAGCUCGGUGCUGAUCUGGUUGUUCGGUGAGCUGAGCGUCGCCUCGUCCAGCUCCAGCAGCGAGCCCGUACUGUUCCCCGCCACGCCGCGCACUCCUAUACACCAGCUCUUCUCACAUAAAAUAUGGUCGAAACAGAAACCGAUUGGCGGCCAGACGUCCAAGAUGCAGUCUGCGCCUGCGUCAGACAGAGGCUCCGUCACUGGCAGAUCACGACACUCUACACAACCCAAACUAGACUCACUCGAACGAACAAAGAAAAGACUAUCGAAGCAAAUGGACCAGUCGUCCGAGUCGGGGGACUCCAACGACGACCUGCAGAUACUGAACCGCUCUCUAACCAUCAAAGUAGUCACACCCAACGACGACUUCGAGUACUUCAACAGCACGCGCUCCUCCAACGAGUACCCCAACGACUCCUACUACGACCCGUACUACGCGCCGAGGAAACCCAAGCCCAAGGCAGAAGACUACAUCAACGACAAACACAGGGCAAUCAUCAACUUAGAGAUCACAACAUUCCAAUUCACUUUAAUUAUAACAGAUCUCUUACAAGAACUAUGUAAAGCAGAAAGUAGUUUGUCCGGGUCAGAAGGGUCACAGAUCUCAAUGCAGUGCAUUAACUUCUCCUUGCGCAACCUGUGUUCGUUACAGUUUAGUUCACCGCCGCAACCACAAGAUAAUGCGGUAGAAGUAUCCAGAAUAAAGGUAGCUCUCACAGAACUACUCAUGGUGUCCCUGGACCAGGUGCUCAUCCACUCCGAUCUCUGUGCCAAACUCAUCAACAACGGUAUCCUACCAAUGUUGCUUCGAAUACUAGAAGACGUCAUCUCGAAAUGUAAACAAAAUAAGCUCGAAUACCAGAAUCAUAAAGAGGAUAAGACUGAAUCUGACAAUUUGCUCAAGUUUGUAUUUGGAAUCGCGUAUUCAAUAACUGCAUUCUUCCACUGUUUACUGAUGCAGUGCCGCAGUGUGGACAAACUGCGGGAGUUCACGGAGCAGUUCAAGUUGUACGGGGAGUGUCUCAAGGGAGGGCUGCUGAAGGAGUGCAUCGAGCUGAUGGUACGGAUCCCGGCCUCGGGGGACGAGCCCGUCGUGCUCAUCAAGAAGCUGGUGGAGACGGUGGGCAGGCUGGUGCUGGGCAUGAAGCGCGUGCGCAGCGAGGUGGUGCACUCGGCGGCGUGCGCGCGCGCGCGCCACAAGGCGUGCCGCGCGCGCGUGGCGGCCGGCCUGCACCACCACCACGCGCUGCUGGGCGCCGCGCGCCGCGGCCUGCCGCCGCCCGCCCUCUGCUGCGUCGCCGUGCUCUACGCCACGCUCAGCGCGCUGCUGGCCAGCGACGACGUGGCCGCGCAGCCCGCGCUGCGCAACAAGAUCCUCAAGGUCAUGCUGCACUGCGGCGCGUGCUGCUGCUUCUCCCCCGGCCUGCUGAUGGAGAGCAUCGUGCGCCUCAUGCUGACGCACGGCAGCGUGGCCCCGCUGUGCCUGCAGCUCCUGGAGCACACGGUGUACGGCGAGCUGGGCGCCAGCAUCCUGCUGCCCAAGGUGACGGACCAGCUGCCGUGCUCCAUCUGCGAGCCGUGCGACGACAGGCAGGAGGUGAGCAGGAAGCAGUGCUCGCACGGCAUCAGCCCCAUCGACAGGAAGAGUGUGUGGUCCUUCCUGUACCACUACAACUCGCUGCUGCAGCUCGACAACCACAACAACGUGCUGCACGCCACCGUCAGCCAUCUCCUCAGGGUCACCCCCAAGUGCAGGAUGGAGAUGAAGUCCGAGCUGCUGUUCAGCGUCAUAUACCCGACGUUUAUAGUGGCCAAGCACAGGUAUAUGAUACGGAUGGAAGAGUCUGCGUACUUCCUGACCGUGUCGUGCCUGAAUAUAUUCGCCAGUUUACUGAACACUGUGUCUUUCGCGGAACAAUUCAUCCAAAAAGGUGGACUCAGCUAUGUGCUGGAACUGGUAUCGCUCUCUGAAUUCUCCGACCAGUGCUGCUCUAUACUGGAGAUAGCGAUAAUCGUGGAAGUGUUCAAGCUAAUGAAGGAAAACUCGGAGCUGUCGUACUUCAGGGAGAUGAGCUCGCUGGCGUCGGUGCAGAUGUUGUUCAAGUCGCUGACGGAGGUGACGGACAAGUGUUACAAGAUAUACCGGUUGAAGCUGCCGGAGGAGCAGUUCCGCGAGCUGUGUGACGUCACCAAAGAGCGGGACAUGCUGGCGCUGGUGCAGCCUGCCGAGCCUCGUGCUGCCAGACACACCGCGCCGCCCGCGGCCGCGCCCGACGCCGCGGUGGAGGAGCAGGUGGAGGGCCACGUGGACACCCUGAAGCACGCGUGCACGUUCUGGAAGACGUGCGCGGCGCUGUGCGCGCACAGCCCCGCCUUCCGCGAGCACGUGCUGGGCGAGCCGGCGCUGCUGGACAGCUACGCGCUGCUGAAGCUGCUGCUGCAGGCGCUGUGCGCGCGCGCGCCGCCACCACACGACCUGCGUCUGCUCGUGCGGCUCGUCGAGGCGCUGCUCACCAUGCAGCUGUCUCUCUCAGAUGUGACCUCAGGUCGGUCGAAAGAAGUGAGCUGCGCGCUAGUCCGCGGCGCGCUGGCGGCGGGCGGCGCGGGCGAGGGCGCGCUGGAGGGCGGCGGCGGGCUGCGCGCGCUCUGCGAGGCGCUCAUACGGGUCGCCGCCGCGCGCACGCAGCGCACGCAUGCCAUGCCGCGCCCGCACCAUGCCAAGGUGCCGCCGCUGGAGUGCGCGUCGGGCGCCAGCUCCGCGGAGUGCUCGUCCAGCGAGGACAGCGUGGCCGGACCCUACGCCAGCGAGCACAGCGAGCCCUACGCCUCUCGACCUGAUGAGGGGUACGAGGCUGAUGUGGAGGUGGGCAAGUUGGACGUGCCUCCAUUGUACAGGUCGAGGAAGAUGUCCGGAUCCAUGGCCACCAUACCUUCAGGCAUCUCGUCUCCAGUCGGCGAGCUGAGCGCGGAAUGCGGCGAGUACACGAAAAGCGGGGAGCUGGCGCACCCCGAGCUGUGUGUCAUCGUCGUCGACAUACUCACCCAGCUCAUACACAAACUGGUGCAGAGUCGUCAGUCGGGGUCGUGCGAUGAGGCGGCGUGGCGCGCGCCCCGCGCACCCCGCGCUGCUGCAGCGCCUGCUGGCGCCCGCGCCCGCGCAGCUACUGGCCACCACUGA